AUGUCUGCUACUGAACAGGCAAUUCGUGCAAGUGAAAAGGACGGUGGACCUAGUACCUACAGUAGCUUUGCAAAAGAUUAUGACGAACAUUUAGAAAAAAUAGAAUGGGCUGCUCCCCAGAGUAUUGUUACCAAAUGGAUGGAGCAUUACAGCCCUGAGUCCCUCCAGACUCAAGCAACGGCCAGUGGAAGGAAGCAUAGGGUACUGGAUGCAGGUUGUGGUACUGGACUAGUAGGUGAAUACAUGGGGACUGUAUUUCCUAUGGAUAAUGUUGAGCUCUAUGGUGGUGACAUCACUCCUGAGAUGCUGGAGGAAGUGAAAGCGAAAAAAGGCAACGCUGGCUAUGCUGAUCUUCAAGUGAUCAAUUUGAAGAAAGAACUUCCAUAUGAAGAAGAGUUCUUUGAUAGUAUCGUAAGCUCUGGAGUAUUCUAUGUUGGUCAUUGUGGUCCAGAUUGUCUUCCCAACAUAUUCAGGGUAUUGAAGAAGGGUGGGCUUCUCAUUACCACUUCUCGUAAAGUUUUUUAUGAAGAGACAAAAGAGGGUUGGGAUAAGCACAUAAAGGAGUGUAAUUGCACUCUACUGGAAGUGUGUGACAUACCUUAUCACACGUUGGCAAAAGGAAUAAGUCUUGUUAUCAAGAAAAAUUAG